GUUGUAUAAUUUUAUUUAAAAAUGCUAAUCAACGCUCCGAGUCACUGAUAAUGUGGCCUCACAACAUUCAGUUGUGUGCGAACGACUGCAACUAUUAUUUAGUGGAAAUGUCUUGUGUUUUAACUGUUAAUUUAGCUAAAUAAGGUUAUGUGGUGAGCUAAUACGAUGGCGUUUGCAGCGAGGAAGUGCUUGGUUCAUUUGAGGAGCAUAAAUAAGUACAACAAGUUAAGUUACGCUAGAUGCACAUUUAGCUCAAGGAUUUGUAUAAAUACUAUACCCAGGAUAAAAACUAAAAUAAAUCCCCGAGGGUUUCACACAACAAGCACCGUUAACAAAAUAGUUGCAUUCAAUCUUUCCGACAUCGGCGAAGGAAUACGAGAAGUUGUUAUUAAAGAAUGGUUCGUUAAAGUAGGUGAUAGAGUUCAACAGUUUGACAACAUAUGUGAGGUCCAAAGUGAUAAAGCAUCAGUGACAAUUUCUAGCCGAUACGAUGGAGUUGUUACAAAGCUUUAUCACAAGGUUGAUCAAACGGCUUUAGUUGGACAAGCACUGGUCGAUAUAGAAGUUGAUGAUUCAAAUGAUGAAGGUACACCGGAAUCAGAUAUCUCAUCCAAUGCUACCAAAGAUGUAUCAAAAACAGAGGCUAAAAGUACUCAACGUAUAAAGGUAUUAACCACCCCAGCCGUACGAAGAAUUGCUGCACAGUUUAAAGUGGACCUCAGUAGUAUAAAUGCUACAGGUAGAAAUGGCAGAAUACUUAAGGAAGAUGUAUUAUCUCACCUAAAUAUUACUGCAGAUAAAUCUAAUGACGUGGCGGAUAAGGUUCUGUCCGUAGAAGCAAUUUCUGCUCCUAUGGCUACAGCAACUGCAAGGACAGAAGUCGUUUUAGAAGACAAAGUAGUUCCUGUUACAGGGUUUAUGAAAGCUAUGGUGAAGUCUAUGACUGAAGCAAUGAAAAUACCACACUUUGUGUUUAGUGAUGAAUAUGACGUAACAAAUUUGGUAAAAUCAAGAGAGAAGCUAAGAGAAGUUGUUCAGAGAAGGGGAGUGAAACUUACAUACAUGCCUAUUAUUAUUAAAGCCGCAUCUCAGAGUCUCACAGCCUACCCAAUACUAAACAGCAGCCUAGACAGUUCUAAUGAAAAUCUAAUUUACAAAGCCAGCCAUAACAUUGGUGUAGCGAUGGACACGCCAAAUGGUUUAGUCGUACCAGUUAUCAGAAAUGUGCAAAGAAAGAGCAUUUUUGAGAUAGCAGUUGAACUGAAUUCGUUACAAGAAAAAGGAUUGAAAGGCCAACUUGGACUUAACGAAUUAACUGGUGGAACGUUUACUAUUUCUAAUAUUGGCAUUAUAGGAGGUACUUACACGAAGCCAAUUAUAUUCCCUCCACAAGUGUCGAUUGGAGCGUUAGGAAAAAUACAGGUUUUGCCCAGAUUUGAUUCAGAAGGCAACGUGGUAAAAGCUCAUAUCCUAUCAGUGAGUUGGUCUGCGGACCACAGAGUCAUCGACGGUGUCACAAUGGCCCGAUUCUCAAACCAGCUCAAGGAAUACCUCGAAGACCCACAGAAGCUAAUUUUAGAUCUGUAA